AGAGAGAGAGAGAGAGAGAGAGAGAGAGAGAGAGAGAGAGAGAGAGAGAGAAAGUGGGUGGGUGGAUGAGUGCGUCAGUCUGCCCAGAUCCCGAUGUACUCACACACAUACAUACACUCAUAGACUCAUACAGUCUCAGCUCUCCGAGUGGAAACAUCAGCAUGUGUUUGUGGGAACCUCAGCUCGCGAAGUCAAGCGCUCCCCUCCCAUAGCGAGAGCAGAGGAGGGGAGACACGGGAGGAAACAAGGACUCGGGAACAGAGCAGCAGACGAACGACAGGAGGAUGACUGGAAAGAGGAGAGAAGAGAUGAACUGAGUUAAAGGAACAGAAAAAAGGAGAACGAAAGUAGACUGCAAGGGAUGGAAAGAAGAGAGGAGCAAAGUCUGAAUAGAUAGAGAGAGAGAGAGAGAGAGAGAGAGAGAGAGAGAGAGAGAGAGAGAGUGAGAGGGUCGGAGCGGGACAGAGUGAGCAGGACGGCAGUACAGUAAGUGUGGUAGUCAGCUAGAAGGAAGUCGAGCAAGUGAAGCAGAGGAUGAAUGGAACCGUAGAUCCGUGAAGCGCAUGUAAGACGGGAAGAGAGUGUAGAGAGAGAGGAGAAACAGAAAGAAGGCAGGAGUGAAAUAGGGACCGAGACACGAGGGGAAAAAAGAGGAGAGUGCAGGAUACAAAAAGCGAAAGUCUUAAAAAAGGAUACCCCAAACAAUAUUUUCAGAAGUUUCCAGAAAGCCGAACGGAAUACAACUCCUCAAAGCGGAACCAACCCGGAGACUGGGCUGGAAAUACCGAACUCUUUCCAGCUACACCGUCUACGCGGGCAGGCUAUGCCAUGCUGGCCGAGCACGCCUCCGCAGGGCAGCCGUUGGCAGGCAGGGUGCUGCCUCUGCAAGACCAUGGCAGUGGCUGCAGUGGUGGAGGUAGUAGUAGUACCAGCAAGGUGGAUCACAUUGUGAUAAUGACCAGCACGGAGGAUGUGAGUGAACGAGGGAAAACUGGAAAAGGAGUAACCAGCGCGAGCUGUAGCAACGGAGGUGGAAAUGGUGGUGGUGGGGUAGGCUGCGGCCCCUCGCUGGGCGACUGCCCCUGGGCGCGGCUGGCCGGGGUGGACGGCUGCCUGUCGGAGACCUACUGCCUGUGGUUCCAGCUGCUGGCGCGUGCAUACUGGGGGGAGCUGGAGCUGGGGCUGCGGGGGUCCUCCGGCUGCAAGGCCUCCUGGAGCCGGCUGAGGGAGGCGUCCCGACGCAACUGCGUACGCUCCAGGGCGAAGCAGAAGGGCGGUGUGGAGGCCAGCGAGGCGUCGGGCUGCGUGUCUCCUACAGGGGGCGAUGAGGAGCCCUUCUCCUGGCCGGGCCCCAAGACUCUGCGUCUGCGGCGCACCUCGCAGGGCUUUGGCUUCACGCUACGACACUUCAUCGUCUACCCGCCCGAGUCCGCCGUGCAGUCCUCCCUCAAGGAGGAAGAUAAUGGAAGCAGAGGGAGACCACGGAACCGGCUGGAGCCAAUGGACACCAUCUUCGUCAAGCAGGUGAAGGAGGGUGGCCCCGCCCAUGGAGCUGGACUCUGCACAGGGGACCGGAUAGUGAAGGUGAAUGGGGAGAGCAUCAUUGGCAAGACCUACUCCCAGGUGAUUGCUCUGAUUCAGAACAGCGACACUUCCCUGGAACUGUGUGUAAUGCCAAAAGAUGAGGACAUCCUACAGCUGUUCUCCAGGGACAUCACUGCUCUGGCAUAUUCCCAGGAUGCCUAUCUCAAAGGGAACGAGGCCUACAGUGGGAAUGCCCAGAACAUCCCGGAGCCUCCCCCCAUCUGCUACCCGCGAAUAGAGUGCAAAGCUCCCCCCGCUUCCUCCGGCAGCACCAUGGCCCAGACUGCGGAGCAUCCAUCAGCACCCUCCUCCGUGGGCGGCGUCUGCGGUAGUGGUGGUGGUGGUGCACCUCGAUCCCGCACCACUAGCCCCGCAACUGGCCCUGCACACGCGUCGUCUGCUCCUCUAGCAGCCCCAGAGAUGGGCUACAGGAGGGAGAUUACCGUUCCUCCCUCCCCUCCCCCGUCGUCGUCCACGCAGCUCCCCAAGAACCAGACGGUGGUGUGUGUGUGUAACGAGAGCGUGAGGACUGUGGUGGUGUCUCUGACGGACACCGUGGCUCCCUCCGGGUCCAGAGUCGGGGAAGCAGGAGGAGUAGGAGGUUCGCGCUCAGGACCCAGCCAUCGGACCGAGGAGAACCGGCACCAGGCGACGCCACCAUCCCCGGGCCCGUCUGGAUCCAUAACCCAGCCUCCGUAUGCACCGUCCCGACCCGUGGACACCUCCAGACUGGCUGCAGCUCCUCCUGCUACCGUGAGAACGGGUUCCCAACUCCAUCCGGACAGCAACACCCCCUCCCCCUCCCCCCUCUCCACCUCCCCCAACCACUACAGCCCGUCCUCCCCCGGCCCGGCCCCCAACACCCCCUCGCCGUGCUCCCCGCACCAGAACAUCGACUGGCGGACCUACACCACCUACAAGGAGUACAUGGACAACAAGCGCCUCUACAUGUACGGCUGCCGCACCAUCCAGGAGCGCCUGGACAGCCUUCGGGCGGCCGCCGCCGCCGUGGCCGCGUCCCGGGGCAACGGCGGCUCCCAGCAACAGGCGCCCGCGCCAGCUGCGUCAGCGGGACGCUCGCCGGGGCUGCUGGGGUCACAGGUCAGGAGGCGGAGCACGUCUCACGACCGGGCCUACGCAUCACCCAGCGGCGGCGGCAUCGUCCCCUUGAGAAGUUUGUCACAGGAGCGUCUGCUGGGCCCCCUGGGCGAGAGGGGCCUGUACCGCAACUGGGCCCGCAGUGCCUCUCAGGACGCCCUGCCUUCCUCCACUCCACCAGGGGGAGCCACCGCCAAGCCUCGCGCCCGCUCCUGCGACUACCUGGGCCGGCAGGGAGGUGGCGAGGGCCUGGCCGCGCGGCUGGUGGAGGUGGAGGAGCAGCAGAUCCUGGCUCUGAGAGGAGACGAGGCGCGCGCCAUCCGACUCAGCAGCUCCACCAGAGGAGGCUCGCAGCCCCUGAGGAACACCUCCACGACCGGUGGAGGAGCAGGCGACGGUGGUGCCGCUGGUGCGACGGGCACUGGCUUUACGGACUUGGCCCUCUCCCCCAGGGCGGAGAGCUUGGGCUCCAGCCUAGCGGGCCCCACGUCUCUCAUGGGCGGCCCCAGACACAUGCGGCUGCCCGUGAAGGCCGCGAGCCUGGACGCCUCGGCCUCCUCCGCCGCCUCCUACGUGGCCUCGGCCCUGGCCUCCAUCCAGAGCCACUUCCUAAGCGCCUCCCAGGACUCCAAAGACCAAAGACAUGCCGCCAUCACCGGUGUCGGAGCCAGUGGCAGCAGCACCGUCGCCGUGGGCAACCACCUGCCCCACACGCCAAUCACCUCGCCCCUGCAGCCAGCGCAGCAGCCCCGGGGGCGGGCCGAGAGCCUUAAGGAACCAGGAAGUCGGGAGGCAGGCAGGGCGGCGCGCUCGGCCUCCUGCUCGGCUUCGUCCAAGUCCCCCGCCUUAAGAAUCCUCCAGAGGGGAGCCGGAGCUGGAGCCUCCGCGGACUCCCCCAGGAGUAACGGUACAGCAGCCCAGCUCAGGCCCCAGCUGAGGCGGACAGAGGCCCAGGACCAGGAGGGCUUGGAGGGGGCCGACGCCAAGGUGGUGGUGGUGAUGCGUCGCGACAAGUCACACGGUGGAGGCGCCCAAGCCCAGCCCAUCCGCCACCCCUCCUACAUCCUGGCCGUGAACGACGCGGACGGGGGCCCAGGGUCAGGGGCGGGGAGUCCCGGGUCGGGGGUGGAGGGAGGAGGGGUGUGCUGGCUGCCGAACGACGCCCGGCGGGAGGUGCAGAUGAGGAGGCUCGGGGAGCAGCAGCACCAGGCCUCCGUCUCGGACAUGGGCGGCUCGCUGGACUCCAUCCCCUUCAUCGAUGAGCCCUCCAGUCCUAGCAUGGAGCAGGAUGGCAGCCACAUCCUGGCCUCGGCCGUCAUCUCCGUCGCCCCGGUGACGCCCCUCAUCACCACCAUCCCGCCCAGCCCCACCUCCCCCUCGCCUCCCAUUCGCCGGCAGCUGUCACAUGACCAAGACUCCCUGCGCUUGACCAUCCUCAGUAGUGACUCUGCCACCAAGACAGAGCGCUCCAAGUCCUGUGACGAAGGCCUGGACAACUACAGGGAGGAGAGCAGAGGGAGGGGUUUGAAGAACCUUGUGGGUCUCAGAGGAUUAAAGAAGGCGGUGGACAGGUCCUCUGAAGACUCGGGCUCCUUCAGACGAGACUCCUCCUCAGACGUCUUCAGCGACGCCACCAAAGAGGGCCCGCUCUACUUUAGACAGCUCAACGCAGACAAGGGCAAGCGUAUGGGUGGCGGCAUGCGUCCAUGGAAGCAGAUGCACGCCGUGCUCCGAGGCCACACCCUCUGCCUAUAUAAGGACAAGAGGGAGGGCCAUGCCAACGCCACUCACCAGACGGAGGAGGACCCUCUGCCAAUCAGCAUCAAGGCCUGCCUGAUUGACAUCUCCUACAGCGAAACGAAGCGCAAGAACGUGCUGCGGCUGACCACGUCAGACUGCGAAUACCUGUUCCAGGCAGAGGACAGAGAGGACAUGCUGUCAUGGAUACGGGUCAUACAGCAGAACAGCAACCUGGAUGAGGAGAAUGCCACCAUCACCAGCACGGACCUCAUCAACCGCAAGAUAAAGGAGUACAAUAGCCUGAUGAGUCCUCCCACCAGUAAGACUGAGCCGUCUCCCAAGUCCUCCCGCAUCAGGCAGACUCUGCUGGGCAGCAAAGGGGACGCCAAAGCCACCAGCCCCCACUCACCCAAACAUGAGCACAAAGUUGGAGACGAGAUGAGUCCACCCAAAGACAAGGUCACAUGGAGGAAGGGCAUGUCUGGGCUGAUGAGGAAGCCGUUUGAGAAGAAGCCUGCAGCGGGGGUCACGUUUGGGGUACGGCUGGACGACUGCCCCCCGGCCCAGACCAACAGGUUUGUGCCCCUCAUAGUGGAGGUGUGCUGUAAGCUGGUGGAGGAGCGGGGGCUGGAGUACACGGGCAUCUACCGGGUGCCUGGCAACAACGCCGCCAUCUCCAACAUGCAGGAGGAGCUGAACAACAAGGGCAUGGCAGACAUCGACAUCCAGGACGAUAAAUGGAGGGAUCUGAAUGUGAUCAGCAGUUUGCUCAAGUCGUUCUUCCGGAAACUUCCUGAGCCUCUCUUCACAAACGACAGGUACGCUGACUUUAUUGAUGCCAACCGAAUAGAGGACCCUACGGAAAGGCUAAAAGUCCUGAAGAGACUGCUGCACGAGUUACCAGAUCACCACUACGAGACCCUCAAGUUUCUGUCUGGUCACCUCAAGGCCGUAGCGGACAACUCAGAGAAGAACAAGAUGGAGCCUCGUAACCUGGCUAUCGUGUUCGGUCCAACGCUGGUCCGCACCUCAGACGACAACAUGACGCACAUGGUGACACACAUGCCUGACCAGUACAAGAUCGUGGAGACACUCAUCCAACAGUAUGACUGGUUCUUCACAGAAGAAGGCCCAGAGGAACCUGUGACGUCUGUACAACAGGAGAACGCUGUGGAAUCCCAGCCGGUGCCCAACAUCAACCACCUGUUGACCAACAUUGGCAGGACGGGCCCCUCGCCAGGGGGGGACGUGUCAGAUUCCCCUACUAGUGACUCUGCUAAAUCCAAGCAGAACUCCUGGGCCUACGGGAAGGACCAGUGCAGCAGAGAGCUGCUGGUCUCCUCCAUCUUUGCUGCAGCCAGCCGCAAACGAAAGAAGCACAAGGAGAAGCCGCAGCCUAGCAGCUCCGACGAUGACCUGGACGCCGUCUUCACCCUCCAGGACCUGGACGCGGCCAUCGCUGAGGACCAGGACCCUGAGGACGGGGACCCCGCCUCCUGCUCCUCCUCCCCCCAGACCGCCAGGGGCCUCGCCACAGGGGUGCCACAGAAGAGAGAGAACGGGAAAGCCAUGGAGGCCAUUGCCACCAACACCACCUCCUCUGCAGCCGCCUCCACCAACGUCACCAUUACGACUCCUAAGAGCCGCAAGGAGCACCGCAACUCCUUCUUCCUGCGGGAGAAGAGGAGCGUGGAGAGGACCAUCGUGACCUCCCCGUCGCCCUGUCCCUCCCCGUCCCCCUCGCCCUCCCCCAUCCUCCGCACCCCGGCGCUGACGGCCCGGCUGCCCAAGUCCUCCCUGUCGGAUGGCGGCCCGUCCUCGUCCCAGCCUGACGAGCCCACGUCCGACCUGGGCACCAUGAGCUCGGGGGCCUCGGUGCCUCGCGGGCGGCCCCGUCGUUGGCUCUCCUCGGCGGGGCUGGAGCCCGGCAGCGGUUUCUGUGGCGGUGGCAGCAGCGGAGGCAGCCUGCCCCUCGGAGCCUCGGCCGGCGCGGAGGUGAGCUCCAUCACGUCGGACUACUCCACCACCUCCUCCAACACCUUCCUGACGGGAGGGGAGGGCGGCAGCCUGCUGAGCCCGGAGGUGGGCUCGGUGAGCGGGAGCCGCGGCGGAGAGGAGGCUGACGACGAACGCAGCGAGCUGAUCAGCGAGGGCCGGCCCACCGAGACCGACAGCGACAGCGACUUCCCCGUCUUCCCCCCCAGCGCCGGACCAUCACCCGCGGCGACGAGCAUCAACACCACACACUCCAUCCCAGAGAUUUGCGUGCAGGGCAUCCGAUCAUCAGCCAGUGCUAGUCUCAUGGCCACGCCUACUGGCCGGCCUUCGCUGCCCUCUCAUAAGCUGAUCGAGUGUGACACGCUGGCCAGGAGGCGGUCCCUGCGGCAGAAGACGGACAGCGAUUCGUCGGUGGAUGCGUUGGGGGCGGGGCCAGGUGGAACAGCAGGAGGUGUAACAGGAGCAACAGCAACAGCAGCAGCAGGAGGAGGAGCUUCCAAGGCUUCCUCAGCGUUGGCAUCGUCAGGGAAGCGUCUGUCGCGCAUGUUUGAGGUCAUCAAAAAGGGACGCUCCACGGGCAGCUUGAGCUCCUCGUCGCGCAGUGAAUCGGAGCGCAACACCACCGCCACGGCCACGCCUACCACCGCGGCCACCGUCACCACCACCACCACCCCGUCCUCCACCACCUCCUCCUCCUCCUCCUCGGCCCACCCCGCCACCUCCUCGGGAGCAGGCGAGUCCUCCUGGAUCCGCUUCACCGAGCGCCUGAGGCUCCGGCUGGGCCGCGGUGCUUCCCACGACGACUCCUCAUCGACUCCCCAGCGGCGUCCCCAGCGUAGCCGGUCGCCCGACCCCCCGCGACGCAGCAACUCGGGGGCGCGGCGCAGCAAAGGCCUCCGGAGGCGCCACACCAUGGGCGGCCAGCGCGACUUCGCCCAGCUGCAGGCCAUGCACGACUGGAGCGAGCAGGGCGGCGUGGACCAGGGUGCCGAGCUCACCCAGGACGACCGCCUGCGCCCGGGCCCCCCCAAGUGCAGCUCGCAGCAGGACUUCAAUAUCAACGUCAACAUCCACGAGUGGAUCGCCUCCCGCGAGAGGGCCGUAGGAGGUGCUGGUUGUGGCCCAGACCCGGCCCAGAUCCAGACACUCGCCCAGACCUCCACCACCGAGCAGAACCUUACGCCGCCAGUCGCCCAGCCUGAAGAGGAUGAUGAUAUCGUGGAGGGGGGUGGUGGAGGAGGAGGAGGAAGAGAUGGGAGUGAUGGAAGGGGUGGAGGUGGAGGUACUACUACAGCUACAACACAUUCAGGUGCUGCGGAGCAGGUGAACGGCGGAGGGCCCCAGGCCAAGAACAACAAAGCGGGCCACUGCGCAGGUGUGGACGCACACCCACAGAAACUCUCUGGCGCGCAGGUUGUGCGCUCGCGUUUCUACCAGUACCUGUGACGACAUGGGUGUGGUGUGUGUUUGGCUGAGUGGGUGGGCUCAUACAGUAUGUGCAUGUAAACUUUGUGUGUGUGUGUGUGUGUGUGUGUGUGUGUGUGUGUGUGUGUGUGUGUGUGUGUGUGUGUGUGUGUGUGUGUGAGUGUGUUUGUGUGUGUGUGUGUGUGUGUGUGUGUGUGUGUGUGUGUGUGUGUGUGUGUGUGUGUGUGUGUGUGUGUGUGUGUGUGUGUCUGUACAGCUGUAUGUUUGUUUGUAUGUAUGUAUGUAUAUGUGUGUACCAUAGAGCAAAAAAAAACAUGUACAGUUACAUAAUGUAGAUAAGCUGAAGUUACUGCACAAUAGAUUUUUAUAUGAAGUAUAUGAAACUAUAUGAAUAUUAUAUAAAAUUGUAUAUACACCUAUGUGUAUAGGAUUCUGAGGAAAGUAACUGGACUCUGUGUCUUCUGUGUGUGUGUGUGUGUGUGUCUGUGUGUGUGUGCGUGCGUGCGCGGGUCUUUGCCUGGAAUGUUCUUAAUACUGGAACAGGCAUGAGAAGAGUACCUCUCUCUUUCACUACAACCCCAGUAAUAUGGAAAGGCAGUGAUUUUGUGUUUGUUGCAUGUGCACAUGUGUAUACUGUGUGUGUGUGUGUGUGUGUGUGUGUGUGUGUGUGUGUGUGUGUGUGUGUGUGUGUGUGUGUGUGUGUGUGUGUGUGUGUGUGUGUGUGUGUGUGUGUGUGUGUGUGUGUGUAUGUAUGUGUUUGUGCGUAUGUUUCUGUUCGGAAGUUGCACUGACUGGGAGAACUUGUGUACACACACACACACACGUGCACAAAUCAUAACGUCAUGGACUGGCAACAACUGAAAGGACUGAGCAUGAAAUUAUUACUGAAGAUUUGUUUGCUACUUUUUGUUAGACAAAAGCUGUUAUACUUUUCUUUUUUUUUAAAGAGAGAGGCCUCUUUUCUCUAACGCAACCAUGCUCAACUUCUUCCUACGGUUACCUUUCUGAAGAAUGUAUGCGCUUUCUGGGUUAUGCGGACAGACUAACGCAUCAUUGCUCGUUACAAAUUGUUAUGUACGUAAGCAACAGCAAAAAUGUAAAUAUAUCUCUGUGUACUUGAAAAGUGUUUUUUUUAAUGUUUUGCUUUGUUCGGUUUUUCUAAAGUCCUGGACGAGGGAUGUAUUCUGAGCUGAGCGCUGUAGGAAGGUCCUUUUUAUUAUUAUUAUUAUUGUUAUUAUUAUUUUGUUGUUGUUGUUAUGUUUGUAAUUUUUACAGCGCACAUAACAGCCAGAUGCCAAGUUGGAUCCCUCCCCUGAAUGAAAAGAGAAUCUCCUCUGAAAAGGCCUUGGGCUUCGACACGACGGUACCAAACUCAGAACUGAUAUCCCAUGUGGGAGGGAAAGCCUGAUUAAGUCAUCGUGACGACAACAAGUCAUGAUCUGUCAUGCUAAAACAGAAAAAAACAAAAAAGACUAUGGAAAAAGUGCCUCUUGUGACUGGAUUCAUGGGACAGUUUGAGUGCCAUGUUAUGAUUUUUGUUAAACAAAAUAUAUGAAUAUAUAUAAUUUUAUUUUAUUUUUUUCUUUUGCUCUUUUUUAUUUUAGAUGUACUGUGUCUAAAUUUUAUGGGGAAGCUCAUUAAAAUGAUGUUACAAAUUUCAAACAAAA